CUCCAAAUUACUGCGGAUUGCAAUUACGCACAUGCCAGUCCGGCUGCUUCAAACUAGUAAGCCAUACUAUCGAGCCAGGGCAGGGCAGCGAGGAGUGACCGUACAACAGACCGCCGACGCCGUCGGAGAAGCAAAAGCUCCUUAAAGGACUCUCCAACGAGACGAAGAACUUCCCAAUCCGAAGCCAGUGGUAGAGCUUCAGUUUUAGUUAGGGCUCAGAAUCCAACAUCAUGUUGCACAGCAAGUCUUUCGUCAAGAAAACCAGAGGCGGCAAAGUCACCAAGGUCGUGAGAGAGCAUUAUCUCAGAGACGAUAUCUACUGUGGAGCUUCAAUUUGCAAAGUCUGUGAUCCUUCAGUUGCUCGCUUGAGCGCCUCUGCUUCUACCAUUCUCAUUCUCGAUACCAAUGUCGUCCUUAAUCAGAUCGAUUUGCUUGAGAAUCCGGCGAUUGAUGAUGUUGUACUGCUAUCAAUAGUGCUAGAAGAGGUUAAGAACAAGAACUUGUCUGUUUAUAAUAGAGUUAGAUCAAUCUGCAGCAAUUCUUUGAGGAAAUUCUUUGUUUUCUCUAAUGAACACCACAAGGAUACAUACGUUAAAGAAAUGGAUGGAGAAAGUAAAAAUGAUCGAAAUGAUAGAGCAAUUCGGGUGGCUACUCAAUGGUAUCAAACUCAUCUUGGUGGUGCAACUCGGGUCUUACUUUUGACUAAUGACAGAGAGAAUAAGAGGAAAGCUAAUGAAGAAGGCAUUUCUGCUGAGACUGUUGAGACCUAUGUUAAAUCAUUAGGUCGACCAGAUUUGCUUGACCUGCUUGUGCAAAAUGCAUCUGGAGAUGUAGGAAUGGAGGAUGUUGAAGAUUUGAGACCGUCAAAGAGGAAAAUCCUGUAUACGGAGCAUAAGCCCAUGUCUGAGAUUACUUCUGGUUUGCAUCGUGGAAUAUACCAUCAAGGAAAACUUCGUGUUAAUCGUUACAACCCAUUUGAAGCAUAUGUUGGGAGUGAGAGUAUUGGUGAUGAAAUAAUAAUUUAUGGACGUACAAAUAUGAAUAGAGCUUUUGAUGGUGAUAUAGUGGCAGUGGAACUUCUUCCUCAAGAUCAAUGGCACGAGGAGAAAUCUUUGUCUAUAGCAGAUGAAGAGGAUGAGGAAGAAGAAGGUGUUCAUCUUGUUCCGGGCAGUGCCGAUGAUGCUCCUAGAACUACUGGUCAGCUACAGGGUUCUUCCGGAGAAACAGCUCCUGUUUCAUUUCGCCCAUCUGGCCGUGUUGUUGGCAUUAUAAAGAGGAACUGGCAUUCUUAUUGUGGAUCCUUGGAGCCAAUGCCUAAGCCGGCAGGUAGUGGUGGCAUUGCCCAUGCAUUGUUUGUCUCCAAAGAUCGCAGGAUUCCUAAGAUUCGAAUUCAAACUAGACAACUGGAGAAUCUUUUGGACAAGAGAAUUGUUGUAGCAGUUGAUUCUUGGGACCGUUUAUCUCGAUAUCCUUCUGGACAUUAUAUACGAACCAUAGGAGAAAUAGGUGACAGAGAUACUGAAACUGAGGUGGUAUUGAUUGAAAAUGAUAUAAAUUCACGACCGUUUUCUUCCCAAGUUUUGGCAUGCUUGCCACCAUUACCAUGGUCAGUGUCUCCUGAAGAUUUGACAAAUCCUAUUAGGCAGGACCUACGGCAUUUGCGUGUCUUUAGUGUGGAUCCUCCAGGGUGCAAGGAUAUUGAUGAUGCCCUGCACUGUACAUCUCUUCCAAAUGGAAAUUUUGAAGUUGGAGUCCAUAUUGCUGAUGUUACGAAUUUUGUGCAACCUGGCACUCCACUUGAUGAGGAGGCUACACAAAGGGGCACAUCAGUUUAUCUCGUUGAACGGCGGAUUGAUAUGCUUCCUAAACCACUGACAGAAGAUAUAUGUUCACUUCGAGCUGAUGUGGAAAGGCUAGCUUUCUCUGUCAUAUGGGAAAUGACACCUGAAGCAGAGAUUAUUUCUACAAGAUAUACAAAAAGUGUCAUUAAAUCUUGUGCAGCAAUGUCUUACAUUGAAGCUCAGGCAAAGAUGGAUGAUAGCCGAUUGAUGGAUCCGUUAACUACAGAUUUAAGAAAUAUGAACACUUUAGCAAAGAUAAUGAGGUUGAGAAGAAUUGAGAGAGGAGCCAUAACUCUUGCAUCUGCUGAAGUUAAAUUUCAGAUUGACACUGAGACCCAUGACCCUCUUGAUAUUGGUAUGUACCAGAUUCGGGAAGCAAACCAAAUGGUUGAGGAGUUUAUGCUUGCUGCUAAUGUUUCAGUUUCAGAGAAGAUCCUUAAACAUUUCCCUCUCUGUUCUUUAUUAAGGCGUCAUCCUAUUCCAACCAGAGAGAUGCUUCAACCUUUGUUACUUACUGCUGCUGCUGUUGGUCUCAACUUGGAUGUUUCAUCAUCAAAAGCACUGGCUGAUUCACUUGAUCGUGCCGUGGGUGAUGAUCCAUACUUUAAUAAGCUGAUCCGCAUACUAGCUACCAGAUGCAUGACACAGGCAGUUUAUUUCUGUAGUGGAGAUCUCAGCCCUCCAGAAUAUCAUCAUUAUGGUCUUGCAACACCUAUAUAUACUCAUUUCACCUCUCCUAUUAGGAGAUAUGCUGAUGUUAUAGUGCACAGGUUGCUCGCUGCAUCUUUAGGAAUAUACAAGCUUCCGGUGAUAUUCCAAGACAGACCCCAACUAACCAGUAUCGCUGACAAUUUAAAUUAUCGCCACAGGAAUGCCCAGAUGGCUAGUCGUGCCUCAGUAGAGCUACACACUCUUAUCUACUUCAGGAAACGGCCCACAGACACGGAGGCCAGAAUAGUGAAGAUAAGAUCCAAUGGUUUUAUUGUAUUUUUGCCCAAGUUUGGUAUAGAGGGUCCUGUAUACCUGACUCAGAGAGGUGAGAAUGGAGGUGGAGAAUGGUUUGUAGACGAGCAGCAGCAGAAGAUUAAAAAAAUGGAUGGCAGCCUUUCAUACAGCGUUCUGCAGGCUGUUAGAAUUCAUUUGGAGGUUGUGGAGCCCCAACCUAAUCGCCCUAAACUGCAUCUUAGCCUUCUCUAGACCCUCCCUUUUUUUUGGCUCCCUUUUGUUAUCUUAUUAUUAUGUGUGAUACAUAAAAGGUUUUGUUAGUCUUUUUUUUUUUUGGCUGAAACAAAAGUUUUGAUAGUUUUGUCUCAAUGUAAUAGGAAACACAUAUAGGAGGAGAAUUGUAAAGUGUUUCAUGUAACUCAAUUCCAUUUGAUUUUAUUCUUAAAUUCAACUCGUCAGUUUUUGUUGGUA